CUGGUGUGGUUCAUUAGAACAGGCUUAUUCACCAAACCACUUUUUGGGGACUUCUGCAUAUUGCUGGAGCAGAGAUGGCACACCUCCUGCUCAUCCAUAUUUCAUUGUGGCUCAACUCUACUGGCCUAAUAUCCCACGCAAUUUAAACUACCGAGAGGAACAAAUCACAGAUCAAGAGGCGCUAAGAAUACUUUAUGAUGAUAUGUCUGCUCUAGAGGGAAAAAAAGGAAAAACUGAUCCAAAAACAUACACUUGGUUUUUGAACAAACCAGAGAAUGCUGUUAAUGACUUCCCAGAACUGAAAGAUUAUUCUGAGGGUCAGACUUUCUCUGAUGAUUACUUGCGUCCUUCAACAGAACCUCUUCAAACAGAUGGCUUUACCUAUGAGUUGUCAAGAGAAGAACACGAAACCACACACAAAGACUUCACCUUCAUUUUCAGAGCGAGGCCAACCUGUGAACGAGUGCCCCAGGUCAUUACAGAGGAACAGAGAAUUAGACUUGAUUACUGGCAGUAUAUCAAAGAGUUUGUCUUCUUUGGUGGGUCACAUCGUGAAGGUACAGUGCUUGCCCCGGAUCCAGCUUGGAUUGAUCAAGCACACAGGAAUGGGGUCGCCAUAUUUGGCACCGUUUUUUUGCCUCCGCUGGGAAAUGGAGGAAAUGUCAAAGACCUGGAAGAAUUGGCAAAACCGGAGAACCUGCAGAAACUAGUGGACAUCGCCCACCAAUUAAACUUCGAAGGGUGGUUUCUAAAUACCGAAAGCUACAAAGACUAUACUGAGCCUCUUUUAAUUACGUUGAAACUUGCAAUUCAUAAAAUGGAUCUCAGGGGUAAACAAAUGAUCUGGUAUUUACCCAGUUCUUAUCAAAGCAAUAACUUUGAUCCACAAUCAAAUGGAGUAAGGAUGACGUGUGAUGACAAAAUCAAUAAUACAGCAUCUGCCUUUCUGGAAGAAGAGGGAAAAAAGUUGUAUUUGAAUUUUCAUAAUCUGGUUUGUAGUGUGCUUCUUAAUCAGGCUCCUCGGAGUUACCUCAUGUUUGUUGAUGAACCCUUUUGGGAAAGCAAAUUAAAAGGCAGAGGAUAUUUAGUAGACCCUGUCAGAUUUCCACAUGCGCAGAACUGUCUCAGGCAGUUUUUUCUAGGAGAAAACGGUCUGGAAAGAAAACCAACAGGUCUGUAUCCCUGGUAUGGAAUUGCUAAAUACGCAAAACAAAGAAAAUGAAGACAUGCUCAAGUUGAAUUGAAGCUAUUCAGGAGAUUUUGACUUUAUCUCUCUCACACUUAAUGAGAGACAGUACAUUGACCUGUUUUCUAGACCCUUUGAUUGAUUGAUUCUCAUUAUGUGAAUUGUUUUAACUUUUUUUUAAAAAGUUUAACAUGAAAAUACAUUUACAUGAUUCCUCAUCUGUAUUAAAAUGAUCUCAAAGCUAAUAUAAACUCUUGCAAGAUUAGCUAAUUCACGUCUGUGUGGUAUAAAUAUUGUAAUGGAAGUAUCUACAAAGGUAGAAUGAAAGAUGCUCUGGAAAAGUUGUCACACCAAUCCUUGAAUUUAACAAUGUGUUCAUUUUAUUGUGCAUGCUAAGGAUUCAAACAUUUAUCCUUUCAUUUAAACAUGAGAAUAUUUUAGUCAGUGUUUAACUAAAAAUGAAUAUUGGUUGUGUGUUGCUUUUAUUGUAUUACUCAUUUAUUUUUAGUUUGUGUUAUGAUUACAAGUUGAUAUUAUACAGUAAAAAUGAUGUGAAUA